AUGGCUACAUCCACUCCGGAGGCCACGCGCAGCGCGCUGGAGGAGCAGCUGCAGCGCGAGAUGCUCAAGCGUCGGCCCGACCACUUCGUGCUUGGCGUCACGUGCCGCGCGCUGGGCGGCGUGCCCGCGCAGCUGCGCGCGCGUGUGUGGAAGGAGCUGCUGGGCGUCGCGCGCAGCGAGCAGCAGCGGCUGUGCCUGGACCGCAGCAUCCUGAAGGUGGAAGAGGACCUGGACAACCAGCGCGUGAUCGCGGCGGACGCGGCCCGCACGCGCGGCAACGAGCCGCGCUUUCAGCAGCCCGAGACCGUGGAGCUCGUGGUCAAGCUGCUCACGUACUACUGCAAGUGCCGCAGUAUCCGGUACAAGCAGGGCAUGAACGAGGUGCUCGCGCCCUUCCUGCUGCUCACGGAGCGGCGUGACGGGAGCGACGAGCCCGUGCCAUUGGCCGAGGGGGUCGUGUUCCAGUGCUUCUACGCACUCAUUGACAAGUUCCUGCCUCAUGUGUUCGUGGAUAAGGAGUUCAGGUCGCUGCAGUGCUCCUUCCAGCUGUACAAGCUGCUGAUGCUGUACCACGACCCGGAGCUGUGUCACUAUCUGGACCAGCACGACAUGACGCCCGAGCUCUACGUGACGCCGUGGUUCAUGACGCUCUUCGCGCGCUCGCUGCCGCCUGAAUUUGUUUUCUACUUGUGGGAUUUCUUUUUAUUGGAGGAAGACCCGUACUUGCUGCACUUUGUGGCGUACGCGCUCGUGGCGAACAACAGGGAGAGGAUCUUUGAAGCGGAGAUCCCCAUGCUGCCCCAAGUGCUGAGCUCGCUGACGUUUUCCACGCGCGAAGAGCUGGAGCAGGUGUGCGCGAGCGCGCUGGCGAUCUACGAGUCCACGCCGCGCUCGUUCAAGCGCGACUUGUACUCGGUGUGCUACGGCGGAUUCACGGAUGCAAUGAUCCCCUUUUUCGAGCAACUGUACGCGUGCUCCAGCCUGCAGGUGUACCCGGAGGAACUCGUGCGCAACUUACUGGAUCGACUGGCGACGAAAGCCAAGCAGAAGUGCAUGCCGGAGCCGGUGCUCGCCCCAGCUGCGCCGGUGCUGCAAGAAGAGUGCGUAAGUGAGAACGGGUCGCUUAACCCGUUGCUGUCGCCAAUCGAAGAUCAACCCCCCCAGUUGUAUGCACCUGGGACUGACGACGGAGAGGAAUCGACUGCACUCAAGUUCAUCGUGUUGGAUUGCCGACCAGCGGAAGAGUACCACAAGUCGCACUUGAGCCUUUCGCACCACAUCGACCCCAGCAUCAUGUCAAGGCCGGAUGCUCUCGAUGGACUUAUGAAGGGCUUCUCGCACAUGAAAGGCUGCCACUUCUGCUUUGUUGGGCCCUCGGUUGAUUCACCCUCGAUUCUGCCAAGAACGUCCUCUAACAAUGGGAUCCUGAAUCCUAUCGCGCGCUUGGCCCGAGUCAUUUCAAGCGACAAGUCACAGCAUGCGCCGGCACCAGACCCGAUUCAGAUAUCAAUUGAUGUUGGCGUUGCAGGGGAAGUUGCUGGAGAGACGUCACCUUCAUCGUCGGCUUCUACAGGACCCGUGACCUUAUCUCGCAAGCAGAGUCCUGGGGAGCCUGGCGCCUUAGCCAGCGAGAUUGGCAGUAGUGGGGCAUCAAAGGUGCACGCGGAGCACGAGUCCGUGACUCGUCUGGUGCUAAUGUUUCUGCAAAAGGGCUUCAAGUUUGUGAGCCGACUCGACGGAGGGUUUGACGCGCUGGAGAAGAAUAUCCGAAGCAUGGACGCCUUCGCGCAGGAGCAGCUUCUUGUGUCGUCACCGCUACCAUUGCCGACUACUGAGCAGGUACCGACCGCACCAGAUUCGAAUGGCAGCACGUCUUCAGGAGGGUUCAAUCUGCUCGCCAAGAUCGGUCUGAAUCGUUCCCGAGCACCAUCCCAUGAUGACUUUGUGGCCGAAGCGCCUAGCAGCACACGCACCGAAACUUCCGAAACGAGUAGCACCCGCAGCACUACGACGACCACGACAACUACAGUCACGCCGAUUUCAUCAGCUCCGAGCAGCAGUACCUCUAACGAAAUCAAGGAAAUCAAGGAAGUAAAGGAGGUGAAGGAGGUGAAGAAGACGAAAACCAAGCUCACGACGAGUUCUGCGGUAUCGACGUUCUCCCAGCGCCUUAGUUUCCUCAAAGCUGCGGCAAAAGAUGUGGUAACGUCGACCUCAAGCUCUAUCGCGCGGACUAGCAGCAACGCGUCUGUAGAGACAAAAGAUGCCGCUGAAGAGAAGAGUGGUUCAAACGAGGACGGGUGGGUGGAAGUGCGUGUGAACACUGAUGAAGUGGCGGAAAAGAGCAGCGGCACUACAAUUGAUGUGGAGAUACAACCAGGCCCCAUUGGGAUUCUGUUCCAGAAGUCUCGAACGUCGAAGAAGUACCAAGCCGUCGUGGAUAGUGUGGUUCCGGACAGCCAGGCAUCCGCGACUGGGCUCAUCAACGCCGGAGAUUUACUCGUUGCGAUCAAUGGAGAAAGCUUAGAGGACGUCGCGUUCCUCAGCGUCAUCGAACUCGUGAUUGAAGCUUCUCGGCCCGUGGUGUUGCGCUUUCUCACGCCUGUGAGUAAGGACAAGGACAAGGAAGGUAACGCAUCGGACGCAAUCAGUAUCCCACCUUUGGCACCGACACUGGUGAGUGCAACGCGGCACUCGGUUUGUAUCACGUGGGACAAACUGCCAGCGUCAGUUGCUCCGCCAUCGAUGGCGCGUUAUCAGCUCCAGUUUGCCAAGCAAUCGGGCGAUGAGUUCAAUCCUUGGCUCUUUGCAGCAAUGAAGCAAGAGGGAACGACUGCUGAGAUGAACUCGACAGGUAUCACGGACCAAACGAAUGGGACCAUGCUUGGUCUUGACCCGGGCGAGUCGCUGGUGUUUCGUGUGCGUUGUGGAGACGGCCAGCGGUGGGGACCCUACAGUUUAUCGAGUAGUUCCAUGAAGACACUGGACGAUCGGACAGCAGGGCCAUUAGUACCCAUGUCAGGAACCGUGACGCCGAAAGGGGUAAGUCGAGAUGAGCUCACGAGUGCGAUCUUCCUCCCCGGUGUGUGUCCUGAAUACGUCGAGCGUGGUCAGUUCUUUUAUCGCGUGCUUAUCGCAUUACGCGCACGUCGUCGACCCGAUUUUAAUGCCGAGAAGCUGGGCAUCGUACUGGACAAGGGUAUGGUGAUCCGUGGCUCGGAGCGACUUGUGUGCCCAGGUACGAACCAGAUCUUCGUUCGUCUCGAAUUUGGUGGUAGUGACGAAGCCGUAGAGGAUGGCAGAGAAUACGAAGGCAAUGCAGGCGAACUGGUCCUGCUCCGUAAUGGCCAGAGAGAAGCAGACGCCGAUGCUGACGGCGUGUGGGCAUUUGAAAACACGCCCGAUGGUGACGUGGUUCUGGAGCGUCUCCCCCAGUCUGAGGUUGAGGAGAUUGGGCCUUCGCUGCAAGAACAAGCCAAAUCCCUGGUUCAAUCGUUCCUCAGCUCGCAUGGUAUUACUACUCCUCCCAGUACGACCGACAGCGGGAGCCUGGAAGACAACGCAAACUCCAACAGUGCCGCUUCGAUCAGCUCCAUGGUGUCUACUGCACCUAGCAGUAGCAGCGGCAUUAGCGCGGCGCUAUCAUCGCACGCACCAGUCGCGCCCCGUAUCUUACAGGUGUUCCCCGCAUCCAGCUCUGAAGUCAUCGUUACAUGGGAUCCGGUAAACGACAUCGGCGUGACCAAGUACCAGAUCCAGUACGUCAAAGACCGUCUGGCUGCGAUGUGGUGGACGCUGAAGCCCGACAUCGACGCGGAUACUCUCAAGUACACUGUCACGGGACUGCAGGCGAACACAUCGUACCUGUUCCGCAUUCGUAGCGGCACGGAGGACAACAAGUGGAGCCCCUACAGCGAGUCCAGCGAGAGCUGUCGCACUCUUGCUACCGGUAAAGUUUUGGUGAACAGCUCCUCCAGCGACGACGAUGGGGAUCCCUCGGCCUCUCGACCUGAAAGCAGCAGCGGAAGCAAGCGGUCAUCAGUCUCGGUACCGACCUCAGCACCUCAAGUCUCGUCGAUGCGGACCGGAAGCACGAUUCUGGACAAAGCGGUCGCUCUGACUUCUCGCUUGAGGCGUCGCUCGCAUUCCACGAAUAAUCCCCAAGUCGAAGCGCAACCUGACGAAGCGCCGGUGGAUACCAAGGAUGAGGGAGAAAGCCAACAACACGAAGAAGACAAGAUAUGCGAGCUGGAACUACCGUCAUCAAGACAAGUAAAUUUGGCGAGCUGGAAGUCCUCGUCCAGCGAGGCGCAUAAAAGCUUUAGAUUCUACCGCGCGACCAAGUUUGAAGAGCAGGACGAAGAUUCGCACAAACAGUUGACUCGGCUUGGGGAGCGGGAGCUUGUCGUCACCCCUUCACUUCUCGUCGUGCUCAACGUGAUGGCGGCUACUCGCGAAGGCUUCGCGUUAGUGGAAGAGUGGCGUCCUUUGACCUCGCUGAUCAAGGUGGCCGAACGGGACGACCUGGACAACUCGCUCGUCUUCCACUUCAACGAAGACGCGACCACGCCCGACUCCACCGACGACACCCCACAUAGCGACCAGUUGAUUGUCAAGGUCGAUGGAGCCAAGGUCUGCGCACAGGUUGUUCAGGAGUACCACGCGAAUACUUCGAGCCUCGAGGAAUAG